AUGGACUGUAAUUCUCAACUGCUAAACAUGGAGACUGAUGAUGAAACAUAUCCAAAUGAAUCUGUCCAACAACAGGAGACGUCGUUCAAUACAGAUGUAGGCUUCAGUGCUUCCUGUCUGACUACAGCAGAGCUUCAGCAGCACUGGAGGGCAGUUAAACAGGAGAUUCGAUCCAUUAAAUUGCUGUUUGAGAUCCCUGCCACCCGCACUAUAGAGCACAUGGUUUCCCGAUAUGUGGUAUAUCAGAUAGUUGUGAUCAAAUCGGGCAGUUAUGACCAACAGCGUGUGGCUAUUGAGCGCCGCUACUCUGACUUCCAUAACCUGCACCAGCAGUUGCUACAGGACUUCUGCGAGGAGCUUGAGGACAUCACCUUGCCCAAGAAAAGACUGAGGGGCAACUUUUCAGAGGAGAACAUUACCGAACGGCGUGUGGCUUUCUGUGAUUAUCUCACCCAGCUCUAUGCCUGCCGCUAUAUCCGCAGAUCACCUGUUUUUAGGGAAUUCUUUACUAACCCUGAGCUAAAGACUGCCUAUGAUCUGUUGCGUGGGGGCCGCUACUCCCAUGCCCUGGAGAUCCUGCAAAAUGCACUAGUGCUCCAAGAAAAAUUGUGCACUCAUGAUUCAUCUCUACUUGUACCAACUUUGUGUGCACUGCUGGUGUGCCAGAGGGACCUGCAGGAUUUCAGUGCAGCUUUCCAGACUGGACAAAAGGCACUACCAAGAGUAAGGCGCUAUAAUCUAAGCAGGUACCGUGGCCCUCUGCUGGAGGCCAUGGUGAAUUUGGGGUACAAGUUAGAGAACCCUGUGGCUCAGUUACAAGAGGAGCUAAUUAGAGUACAAAACACACUCGAUGGAACAAUGCCACUUGUUUCACUAAAGGAACUUGUUGUUCAAGAACUUACAUAA